AAAGAUUGUGAGCUAACUGCCUAGGCUAACUAACCGGCAAGAUCGAUGCAAUAAACACACAUCAUUAUUUUAACACGAACUGCGUCCGCUUUACAAACACGUUACUCAUAUUAAUUAUUUGUAAUUUGAUUUGUAAUGUUUGAUGGGUCAUCAUUGUUCGGGUGGAGCCCGUUGUUACUGUAACGUUAACAGACAAGUGUUAGUAGGCGGACCUCCCUUGGUAGUAAACAACGUUAACGGUAGCUAGCUAUAGAAGCUAACAAAUUAGCUAGGUAAUUGGCUAUUCUAGAUCAAUACAUAUUUGCUAAUAGAACAUGUACACUGCAGUAUAAAAUGUAGCGAGCAAGCUUUAUAAUAUCGUUAGCCCUCUAGAAUGUUGCUGUAAAAUGUUGCCAUUCACCAAGUCGGCGGUAGCUUUAACAUUCAAAUAUAGGCCAUAAUUUCGUCGCCGGAGUAGUACAGAUAAACGGAUUCCGGCACUAAUUGAAACAAUCAUUAACGUCUUCAUGGAAUCGUUAACGUUUGUUUUGGUUUACUGGUCCAAGGCCAGUGUGUGCUUAGCUGCACUAUGGUUUCAGUGGGAGUGUCCGUCAGUCUUCAAGUCAGGAAAGUAAAGGGGGGAAACCUAGAUGUUCAUCCAACUGAAAAGGCCCUUGUGGUUCAGUAUGAAGUGGAAGCCACUAUUCUGGGAGAAAUGGGAGACCCUAUGCUUGGGGAACGGAAGGAGUGCCAGAAAAUCAUUCGCCUCAAAAGCCUAAACGCGAACACUGACAUCGCUUCUCUAGCUCGCAAGGUCGUGGAGGAGUGCAAACUUAUACACCCCUCAAAACUGGCCGAAGUCGAGCAGUUGCUGUUCUAUCUACAGAAUCGACGGAAACCGAACGGUAAAGAAAAACGAGAAAAGCGCCAGGUUAAACCGAGAGAUCUGACCCCAUUUGAAGGAAUGGAGAUUGACGAGGAGGCCAACAUUAACAACAUAGAUGACUACGUUGAGCUAUUGUACGAGGAUAUCCCAGAGAAAGUAAGGGGCUCGACCCUGAUCCUCCAGCUGGCCCGUAACCCUGACAACCUGGAGGAGCUGCUUCAAAACGAAACCGCGCUGGGAGCGCUGGCCCGGGUCCUCAGAGAGGACUGGAAGCAGAGCGUGGAGCUGGCCACAACCAUCAUCUACGUCUUCUUCUGUUUCUCAAGCUUUUCGCAGUUCCAUGGGCUGAUCACGCACUACAAGAUUGGAGCACUGUGCAUGAACAUAAUUGAGCAUGAACUGAAGAGAUAUGACCUAUGGCAGGAUGAACUGCAGAAAAAGAAGAAGGCCUGUGAAGAUGACUCUGAUAACCAGAAUGUGAAGAAGGAAUAUGACAAAGCAUUUAAGAAGUACCAAGGACUUCUCACCAAGCAAGAGCAGCUAUUACGAGUGGCCCUGUACCUGCUGCUCAACCUGUCUGAAGACACGCGCACCGAGCUGAAGAUGAGGAACAAGAACAUCGUGCACAUGCUGGUGAAGACCCUGGACAGGGAGAACGCUGAGCUCCUGGUCCUGGUGGUGUCCUUCCUCAAGAAGCUCAGCAUCUUCCUGGAGAACAAGAACGACAUGGCCGAAGUUGACACCAUCGAGAAGCUGGCCAAGCUGGUUCCGUGUGAGCACGAGGACCUGCUGAACAUCACCCUGCGUCUCCUCCUCAACCUCUCCUUCGACACCGGCCUUCGCAACAAGAUGGUGCAAGUGGGGCUGCUGCCCAAACUCACCACGCUGCUGGGGAACGAGGCGCAGAGACAGAUAGCGAUGUGCAUCCUGUACCACAUCAGCGUGGACGACAGAUUCAAGUCCAUGUUCGCCUAUACGGACUGCAUUCCACAGCUGAUGAAGAUGCUGUUCGAGUGCAGCGAGGAGCGUCUGGACGCUGAGCUCAUUUCCUUCUGCAUCAACCUGGCCGCCAACAAGAGGAACGCCCAGCUCAUCUGCGAAGAUAACGCCCUGAAGGUGCUGAUGAAGAGAGCCCUCAAGCUGAAGGACCCUCUUCUGAUGAAAAUGAUCAGGAACAUUUCUCAGCACGAUGGUCAAACGAAGCAGUUGUUCGUCGAACACGUGGGGGACCUGGCAGCCCAGAUCCGGCAGGACGAGGAGGAGGAGUUUGUGAUCGAGUGCCUGGGCACCCUGGCCAACCUGACCAUCCCCGACCUGGACUGGGAGCUGGUACUGAGGGAGUACAACCUGGUGCCGUACCUGAAGGACCGCCUGAAACCGGGCUCGGCCGAGGACGACCUCAUCCUGGAGGUGGUCAUCAUGCUGGGGACCGUCUCCAUGGACGACUCCUGCGCCGCCAUGCUGGCCAAGUCGGGCAUCAUCCCGGCCCUCAUCGAGCUGCUCAACGCCCAACAGGAAGACGACGAAUUUGUCUGUCAGAUCGUCUACGUCUUCUACCAGAUGGUAUUUCACCAGGCCACCAGAGAUGUGAUCAUCAAGGAGACCCAAGCCCCGGCGUACCUCAUCGACCUGAUGCACGACAAGAACGCGGAGAUCCGCAAGGUCUGCGACAACACGCUGGACAUCAUUGGCGAGUACGAUGAGGAGUGGGGUAAGAAGAUCCAGAGUGAGAAGUUCCGCUGGCACAACUCGCAGUGGCUGGAGAUGGUGGAGAACCGGCAGAUGGACGAGGCCGAGCCGUACAUGUACGGGGACGACGGGGAGCCCUUCCUGCACGACGGGGACAUCCUGGAGCGGUCCGACCUCUUCUACAGCGCCGACGGGAUAAUCCCGGCGGACGGCGCCAUCAGCCCGGAGUUCUUCAACGACUUCCACGCUCAGAACGGGGACACGGGGCCGCAGGCCUUCCCCGGCAGUACAAGUGGAGAUGGGUUUGGAUCGACUGCCGGAACCCCGGGACGUCCUGCCACAGCCUACGGGUACCGUCCGGAUGAGCAGUUCUUCUAUGGAUAUGGGUCAUCCAGAUAAAUUUGCUCUUCACUCUGUUACACUUACUGUCGACACCCUAUACCCUUGCAAGUCUGACCACUGGUAAAAGGUUGCAUUAAAUUGUAAGGCACAAGCCACACCCCUUCUAAUAUAUUACAUUCCAGGAUCCCAGCACGUAGCCGUUUCAAUCUAAUGGUAGAAUGAAAUUCUCUGGGCGGUUAGCCUCCGAGGUCAACUGUUCUGUCUGAUGUGUACUUGCUGAGUGAGCUCUUAUGCUUCUAUUGGUGUGCUCAUAUAAUUGUAGGCUAACUGUGCACGUUAAGUAUAUUAAAUGUUGGCAUCGGUUACUUAGUUUAAGAAAGUACUAGACAGUAUUGGCAGGCUUGUUUUGAUAAACUAACCUUUUAAUUAUCUGCAAGAAUUCCAGUGAUAAAAUGUGUCAUCUACGUCUCAUUUCAAGAAAUUCUCAGUUAAGGCUGUGGAAUUUCCCCCUUAGGGUUAGCAUCACGAUAUUCAUUAAACCACCAAACAACCUACCAAAUUGAAUGCACUACUCAUAGAACUUAGUCAUAAUUUUGGGUGUUUCUUGGCUUAAACCAAGCAGCCCGAUAGAACUGCAUGAUAUAAACUUUUGGAGUUUGGUAUGCUCGUGUGAAUUUAUUUAAGGUGCAGACACUGUAGGUCUACUGUUUGUAUACGCAUUUCUUCUUCUGCGACGCGCAUUGAAUGGUGAAGCGUGGAUCACAGAGGCUAUGGCUUGGAGAUGGAGAGACAGGCACUUUUAAUCUUAUUUGAGUUUUAUAUUUAUAGCACAGACAACAGUCUACUUUAUUUUGCUUUUGUUACUGGUUAACAAGGUUACGUCAUUAUUGUUUUUGUACUAGUCUUUGUGUCUUUUCUGUUUAUAUCAUAUCAUUUUAUUGUCAUAUAAUUGUAUUGUUUUUUUAUAGUACUCUUAAGAGCUCAUAUUGCUUUUGUCUUCAACGGUGCCUGGAGCUCAUCUGAACUACUGUAAUGAGAAAAGCCUUUGCUGCUAUGAUUCAGUGUGGACUCGUUGUUGUGGACGUCCACUCCUCUGGACCAGGUGGAAUAAAGUGGAUAUUAAAUUGUG